GCGGCCGUGUGGGGCUGUGUGAGGGGGAGUGUGAGGGGGUGUGUGAGGGGCUGUGUGAGGGUGUGUGUCCCUGGGGGUCCCUGUCAGCCUGUCGGAGGCUGAUCUCGAUGCAGUACAUUCCUCCUGACGUCAUGUUCAGCCACAGGGCCGCGCAGCCCCUCCCCCCGCACUUCGGCUUCGUCAUCCUGGUCUUCAUCUACAGCUGGGCCAUGCUGGCCUACCUGGGCAUCAGGGUGGGCAUGGCCCGCAGGCGGUACCACGUCAAGUAUCCCAACAUGUACAGUGACAAAGAGCCAAUAUUCAACUGCAUUCAGCGAGCACAUCAAAACACUCUGGAGUUGUACCCUCAGUGGCUGAUCUUCCAGCUAAUAGCUGGAGCCGUCUAUCCGAUCACGGCUUCCGUGCUUGGUCUUAUUUGGGUCACCAGCCGAUUUUCUUAUGCCUGGGGAUAUUACACCGGUGAACCAGCAAAAAGAAUGAAUGGUUCCUAUGGAUACAUUGGUCUUCUGGGAGUCAUUGUGCUGUCUCUUGUGAUUGCUUUCCAGAGUAUUGGUUUGAUCGCUUGAACAUAAAACGAUGACACUUAGCAACACUGUGGUGGGGAAAUAAUUUGAUGAUCAACUGGUCACUGAGCUGUAGCAGUAUUCUGGUGUCAUUUAUAUUUAUAUCUAUUUUGAAAUUGAAAUAGUUACCAUUUUGAGGCACUUGCUGUCAUGUUUCGUGGCCAGUUGACAUUUUAAAAGCUGACAAUUUUGCCCACUGGGUUGAGCGCUGAAUUUUGAUUGGGUUUGAGUGACACGUACUGUGUUUUGCACUAUCAUCGUAUAAAAAAUGAUUGGCUGCAAAAUAUAAAACCUUUCAUUUUACCUACAGAAUAAAAUAAAUAAGACCAAACACGAAUGUAAUUACCAGAACAGUAGUUUCCAAUGAAAAUGUUAAAUUCCAAAAAUCUGAUUUAGCUUAAUUACUUGCUCCAGUUUUACUGUGUCAUUUGUAUGAUUUGAUAACUGAAUGAAUGAAUCCGAAGCCAUUAUGAACUUUUUCCUCCGUUACUAAUGCUUUCACUGCUCAGGAAAAUUGCUCGUUUCAAUUUGCUUUUUAACUUUACCAUUACCACAACUCGUUUACUAUAAUGUUUUGAAAUCCAUUCCACUUAAAAGGACUAAUUAGUAUAGAUUGACUUGAUUCAGUUGUGUAUUAAAUGAUGAAAUGGUUUGAAAA